CGGCUCGCGUUUCGUCUCCUCCGUGCGGCGCGCAUCCGCAGUUGUUGCCUGAUGCACACGGUUGAUAACGUUGUGCGCUGAUGAGCUUCUUAAAACAUCACAACCUUCUUCGGGGGAUUUGCUAAAUUCUGCCCCCACGUGACCCACCUGCAGGGCUGUUCGAAGUGUAUAAAGACAAGAAAGACACUCGCGAUCGGGACAAGAGAAAGCGCUACUGACCUCGAAGGCUCGCUGGAUUUAUUAUUAGAAUCCUAUAGCCUAUAUGGCGUGAGAUCGUUUUCUUCUCUGACCAUCGGUGUCUAACGAUUCAAUUGAGUUUCCCCUUCGCUCUCAGGAACAUAAAGCCACGGCACGGACACACGAGCCCAGAAGGAUCGCCGUCCGAGUCCAGCCGACAUGUCGGUACUCAGCGCUUUGCCUGUCUUCAAGCCAAUAGCUUCCCCUGGCCACCAGAGGCGCCACACCCUACCGGCCAGCGAAUUCCGCUGCCUAACACCUGAAGAUGCCAUCAGUGUCUUCGAGAUCGAGAGGGAAGCCUUCAUCUUGGUGUCGGGGGAGUGCCCGCUACACUUGGAUGAGGUGCGCCACUUCCUGAGCGUCUGUGCAGAACUUUCAUUGGGCUGGUUUGAGGAAGGAAGACUGGUGGCGUUCAUAAUUGGCUCACUGUGGGAUCAGGAGAAGCUGUCAAUGGAGGCACUGACCCUACACAAACCACAGGGGACCACUGUCCACAUCCACGUCCUAGCAGUUCAUCGCACGUUUCGUCAGCAAGGAAAGGGCUCCAUCCUUAUGUGGCGUUACCUUCAGUACCUGCGUAGCCUACCCUAUGUGCGUCGAGCAGUCCUCAUGUGUGAAGACUUCCUUGUACCCUUCUAUCAGAAAUUGGGCUUCAAGGUGCAGGGUCCUUCAGAGGUCACUGUGGGGCCCCUCACAUUCAUUGAGAUGCAGUAUGCAGUGAGGGGGCAUGCUUUUGUGCGACGCUAUAGUGGCUGUUAAAGAGACAACUGGAUUUCUGCUAAGCUGCCCCUAGGUGUUUUCUGUGUUGCUACUCUGUGCUCGUCACAAGUUCUCCAGUGCUGAGGUCUAGGCCCCUGGUGGCUUUGGACACUUGCUUUUUGUCAUGUCUGCUUCUUGUAGUUCUCUACUGUAUUGACUGAAGGAAGCAUUAAAAAAGGAAAAAAAAAUGUCUAAGUGACCCCUUGUGUAUGCUGAGGCCUCCUGUGGUGAGAAGCUGACCAUGCAAGUGGGAUCUACGUAUAAAACACUGCCAUUGAGGGCUAGACAGGGCGGCAGCAAAGCACUUAACAGUGCAUGGAAAGCUUAAAAAGUGCAUAUCAUACACCCACUUGAGGAUUUUAUAAAAAAAAAAACAAAAAAAAAAAAAAAAACGUUUUUUGUAAUUUUUAGACCAAUAAAAUCUGUAUUUCUUACA